UUGGUUAUCGAUUAUUUUUCUCUUCUUCUUCCUUUUUUAAGUCACAAUAGACAUUGAAGUGUCAAAAUAAGUGAAAAGUAAAUAAAGAAAAGCGGCAAAACUAAAAUGGAUCCGAGCCUUUUAUUUUAUUUAAGCUCUAGCGAAAGCGAAAAUGACGAGAGUUGUGCGUAAGCAACUUCGGGGCAGAAGCAAUCCAUUGGCAUUAUCCGACAACGCAUUCAUCAAAAGAUUUCGGUUAAGCAAGGAGGCAUUCCAGUAUGUUUUAUCGAAAACAAACAUAAACUGCGAUGACACAAAAGCCGUUCCUGCUGCUUGCAAUUGGCUGCAAGCCUCUCGCUCCUUGCAAGUGGUAGCUAUCAGCAAACAGUUGGUAGCGAUUACCUGAGGUAUGUGCCAGAGCACGGUAUCAAAAUUGACGUCCAACGUCUUAAAAGAAAUAGAAAGCAAAUUGUGUCCGGAAUUUAUAAAGUUCCAGCCCAACGAAUCUUCCAGAUGUAAGAAGCGGUUUGCGGAAAAAUAUAAAAUACCUGGAGUGGUUGGAUGCGUAGACGGAACACACAUUGGAUUACAAAAGCCAAUUAGAGACGAGCACAUGUACUUCAACAGGAAAGGUUACCAUAGUCUUAACGUUAUGCUAAUUUGUGACCACACUUGCAAGAUUCUUGCCAUAAAUUGUCAAUAUAGAGGUGCAGCCCAUGACUCCUGAAAAGGUCCACCACAUGUAAUUGUUUGGUGAGGUUUUCCCACAAACGGUUGGCCGUUGCUUUUCCCUGAGAGCAGUUUGGGAGUAAAUUCUUUGCCAAGUCAGGGUGUUCGGCCAUGAACUCCGCCAUGAGUUCCUUCUGCGUGGAGUUUAAUUUAUUGUAGUUGGUCCUAAAAUAAGAAAAAUAGCUAUGAACUUGUAUAUGUUUGCACAAAUUUUAUAAUUACUUACAUUUUUCAAAAAAUGUUAUCAAAUUUUGCGUGCGUGCGUUCGUCAAAUAUUAAUCGAAUGACAGUUCGAACGAACGAGUACGUUCACUCGCUCGUUCACGCCUGUCAUAAUACCGAAUUACGAUAUGAGAAGUUCGUUCACGUCUGUCACAAUCCGAUUUUGUCAUUUUUACGUGACGAGUUGCUCGUUCACGACUGUUACGAUUCGAGCCCAGUUCUUCGGCGUUUCUAGGUUACUAUAAUUCUGUGAUCUACAACAAACUGCUUGACAGUGGCUAUUGUUAUAUCUGAUUAAAUGUGGCAACACUGAACUCAUGUAAGUAAAAUAUACACCCCUAUUGCGAAUGUCG